CGAGUAUGUCCUGACUUUCCAGCUGCCCAAACUUCAUAGGUUUAUUUUUCGGACUUUAGGUGCCAUGGAGUUUCAAGGUGUUCCGGACGAACAGCCGCUUGCCAUUGACCAGCCCAUGUCUGACACAAGAUCCAUGGACGAUGCACAGAACGGGACUCAUCAACGGGCGCGAAGACAGAGGCCUAUAUGCCGUACUUGCGUACGAUGUCGAGCCAAAAAGGUAAAAUGCGAUGGUCACCGCCCAAAAUGUAGAACGUGUGUGGCCGGAAGCCACCCAUGCACUUAUCCCGAAGAUGCAAGAAAAGCUGGAAGACUUAGCAAGGCUGAAGUAGAAGCAUUGCAAAAUGAAGUAAUUGUUUACAGAAAUUUAUUGAAGUCUCACCCAAAUGGACACCAACAACUAUCUGCAUCCAAACACGUGCCGACCGAACGAACAACUCCGAACCAUCGCCUUGAAGGUGAGCGUUCUCAUCUAGAAUCGGCCCCUCGCCAGGAGCCAAUUCUCAAUACAGCAAGAUUGGCCUCCCCAAGGGACGAACCUUGCGUAGAGCCAUCCCGGUCAAUUCGUCCUGUCACUCUAAGUCCACAAUUCGGUGGCCAGGAAGUAUCGGAGGUCCCUGAUGGGCCAUCAACGGCUGAAACACAGAUAGCAUGUGCUAUCGAUGAGGAUGGGAGCAUUCAGGUUCACGGAGUCACCAGUCACCUUCAUAUAUCGUCUACCCCAAGAAAUAAUCCUAUGGCCGAUUUUUCAACAGAACCUCAACAGCUGCUUCAUACUCAGGUGAUGAAAGACCAAUUAUUUGCUUUUGCAGCCCUUCAAAGGCAACACGAAAGUGUUAUACUAGGCCAACUCAGGAGAGGCAUUAACAUUAAAAUUGAGCUUGAUGGCCUCCCAGUUGAGUUAGCAACACACCUCUUAGACCUACAUUGGAACCGUCAGCACCUGGCCUACCUCUUGACUUAUCGCCCAGCAAUAUUUGACAGUCUCACAAACAAUGGACCGUAUGCUAACAAGCUUCUUCUCAACGCUAUUUAUUACUCGAGCUGUCUAUAUAGUGACCGCAUCAUUUUCCGCUCAGAUCCAGAUGAUCCUGCGACGAUGGGAGAACGCUUUUAUAAUCGAUUUAAAGAAUUACUCGUCCAGGAGCUCGACCGCCCUAGCCUUGCUACAAUAGUAGCCUGUCUGAUAUGUGGCGCUACUCUGGUUUCGGAUGGAAAACAAAGUGCAGGCUGGGUCCUUUGUGGAAUUGCAUAUCGAAUGAUUGUUGACUUGGGUUGCCAUCUCUCAACCUCCCCGCAAAAAGACCCUAAAUUACUAGAUUCUAGGUUGACAGCAACUGAGAUUGAGAUUCGAACUCGCAUUUACUGGGGGUCCUUCGUGACAGAUAAAUUUCAAUCACUCUAUUUCGGCCGGCAAUCUGCGCUUCCGCCAACAGAUGCUCGAGUUCCACGUAUAUUUCUUGAUGAAUACGAAGAGUUGGAAAAUUGGGUACCAUAUACGGACCCUUCUACUACUCCGCAGGAUUCAACUACAUCGACUUAUCGACAACAACCACAGUACGCUGUUAGCACAUUUCAAUUGCACAUUACGCUUGCUGAAAUUGCACACGCUAUAGCGAGUACUUUCUACACAAUUAAUAGUAUAAGAGCCGAAAGAGACCAACUUUUAAAGAGGAAACAGGAGAUCCAGUUGGACCUAGACGACUGGAUGGCCUCUGUUCCUCAACACCUUCAAUUUGACGAAGAAAAUGAUUCACCGCCACCGCCAAAUCAAAUCACACCAUAUACCACAUACUAUACUCUUACUAUACUUCUCGAGAGACCUUUUUUUUCUACCGGCCACCUCUCCUCCUUGGCAGAUGAAAGUUCUCAGUCCACAAAUGAAGCUAAGUGCAAUAACGCAGCAGUUCGGAUUUGGCGCCUUGUCGACGUUUACAAACGUGCACAUACUCUACGGCGUGCACCUUAUCUCAUCUCGUACGCCACCUAUUCUGCAAUCGUGGUAUUGUUAAACCAGACGCAAAAUGAUGCUAGUGAAUAUGUCAACUGCAUAAAGUUCUUCUGGUCUGCCCUGCAAGAUCUACAGCGAGGUUGCAAUUCAGGUCUCGGCAAGCCACUAAGAAUAUUGCAGACUUUAAUGAAUCGCCUUGGCCAAAGCAUACCGACUGGAAAUCCAGCUGAAACAUAUCCUACAACACAGCAUCAUGGAGCAGCUACGCAGCCCCAAAUCUCAACUAAUACAAGUGCCGAGAAAGUAGUUACUCAGGGAUGUGCAAUUGCUAGCCAGAGCAUCCACAGGGAUACCCUAGACAUCGAUGGGAUGCCUCAAGAAAAUCUUAAUAAUGAAAUCUGGCAAGAUAAUAGUUGGGUUGAUACAAUGACGUACGGACAAGGGUUGAUGGACGAUUCCCUAUUUGGCCUCUUCACCACAGACCAACAGUUUAUGCCUGGCUUUGAUCAGAACUUCUAGAAGAGUUCAACACCUAAUAAUUGAGCUUCGACAAAGAGGACAUGCUUAUUUAAAGAUGGGGAUACUCGUGAUACGAUAAUCCCCGGGCUGUAUUGAUUCAUAGCUAUUUACUAAACAGCCUUCUGCUCUACAACUUUCCACACCCUCCUAUAAUGAGGCACAACCACAUUUUCUCUGAUUUUCUUCGACCAGAUAGUUUCAACACUUGCCCUCCACUCCGGACCACCCAAUCCAUUCUUCUCAUCAUAAAAGUGCACAGCGAGAAAUGGUGCGGCGCCAACUUGAGAACCAUACGCCUUUGCUAGCUCAUAACGCUCGCUUUUUAUCCAGCCAGGAACCUUAGUGAUCAUUCCCUGGUGCUCUUCAUCGUACCACUUUGAGUAAUCUUCAGUGUCUCCUGGUGUGAUGGCUACACAGACCAUCACUGAUCCAGGCGGAGCAACGCCGCCUUCAGAUAGUUCAUGGCCAUCCCGCGAUAGUUUGCUGAUUCGUUUGUACACGAAACAUUGGAUGAGGCCGGCCUCGGCAUGAGCUGGGCCUCGCUCGUAGGCGCCUUCUAUCAAAAACUUUGAGAUAUGUUUCACGUGAUAUGCGAAGCUUGCGCUCGGCGCGCCCGUUUGAACUUUGUCGUCCGUGGAUGCAAUGGUUGUUAUAUGGGUGAUAUCAGAACCAGGAACGUAGAUUUCUGGACCUACUUUUGCUCCAUGCGUUGGAUUGAAGAGUCGUAGGACGAUACCGGCUCCUUUCGUAGGUGGCAUGAUGAGCGUCGAGGAAUGGUACUGAUGCUGUGUAGUCGAGUAUUCAAUUACGCAUACGAGGGAG